AUGGCGCCCAACGAUGGGCCCUCCCGUAUCCACGGCUUGCAUGGAAAGAAGCUCAUCUACUUCACCAGUGUAUUCGUCUCAUUAGGCGUUUUUCUGUUUGGCUAUGACCAAGGCGUCAUGUCUGGUAUCAUCACGGGUAUCUACUUCAAGGACUACUUCAACCAGCCAUCAGCUGUCGAGCUGGGCAGCAUGGUAGCUAUCCUGGAAAUCGGCGCUUUUAUUUCCUCACUUGUGGUAGGCCGUAUUGGAGACGUUCUUGGUCGACGCAAAACGAUCCUCUAUGGUUCGGCCAUCUUCGUCGUUGGUGGUGCUCUGCAGACCUUUGCCAAUGGUAUGCCCAUGAUGUUGCUGGGGAGAAUCAUCGCCGGUCUUGGUGUAGGAACGCUGUCCACGAUCGUACCCGUAUACCAGUCUGAGAUCUCACCACCCCACAACCGUGGAAAGAUGGGCUGCAUCGAAUUCACUGGCAACAUUACCGGAUACGCAUGCAGUGUGUGGGUCGACUACUUCUGCAGUUACAUCAAGAGCGACUACGCGUGGAGGAUUCCAUUGUUCAUGCAGUGCAUUAUGGGCACUUUGCUGGCUUUGGGCAGUCUGCUCAUCUGCGAAUCGCCAAGAUGGCUUCUGGAUAACGACCAUGACGAGGAGGGAAUCGUGGUCAUUGCUAACCUGUAUGGAAAGGGUGACAUCCACAACCCCAAAGCGCGCGAUGAGUACCGAGAAAUCAAGAUGAACGUGCUGCUCCAGCGACAAGAAGGCGAACGCUCGUACGCGGAUAUGUUCAGACGCUACUACAAGCGUGUCUUCAUCGCCAUGUCCGCCCAAGCCCUCGCGCAACUCAACGGCAUCAACGUCAUUUCGUACUAUGCACCUCUCGUCUUCGAAGAAGCGGGAUGGUACGGCCGUCAGGCUAUCCUCAUGACCGGUAUCAACGCCAUCACGUACCUGCUUUCUACAAUCCCGCCAUGGUACAUUGUGGAUACUUUGGGGCGCCGAAAAAUCUUGCUCUCUGGAGCCCUGAUGAUGGUCGUAUCGCUCUCGGCUAUUUCGUACUUCAUCUUCUUGCAGGCGAGCUGGACACCGAACAUGGUCGUCAUAUUUGUGAUGAUCUACAACGCGGCAUUCGGAUACUCAUGGGGUCCUAUUCCGUGGCUCUACCCGCCAGAAAUUCUGCCCCUCAGCAUUCGUGCAAAGGGUGCCAGUUUGAGUACUGCGACUAACUGGGCCUUCAACUGGCUGGUCGGUGAAAUGACUCCUAUUCUCCAGGAACACAUCCAGUGGCGCUUGUACCUAAUUCACGCGUUCUUCUGCGCCGUCAGUUUCGUUAUCGUCUACUUCAUCUAUCCCGAAACGGCCAAUGUCCGCCUCGAAGACAUGAAUUCUCUAUUCGGAGAUGCUACAACGGUAGCAGCCACACCACAACAGCGAGCAGAGGCCGAAUCCUUGUUCAGCGGCAGCGGCCGCGAAGGUCGUGGUCGUGAACGAGAUGGGUCGAGUCUUACUGCCGAAGCAGCCAUUCCCGGCCUCGACAUCGAGCCACCUGAUCUGGAGAAUGGCAGGUCUCCUCCCAAGUCCGAGAAUGGAGAUGGCGUCGGCGGCUGGAUCUCCAACAUGGUCAAGAGAAGCAAGGGAGACAACGACGGCACGGGUGGAAAGUACAAACGCGUCGAUCAGGACGAGGACUAG